CAGUACGAAUUUGUCGCUAUCUAGUUGAGGAUUUAGUACGGAAAAGCUGAGCAGCGUGUUUACAUACAUCGAUAGGAAGUUUGCUGAUUGUAUACCCGUACUUCUGCAGUUGUUCAAAAGACAAUCUUCUGAGACGCUUGGGUAGACAGAGAGUUGAUUCGCUCAAACCUUCGAACCGAAUCCACGGUAUGCAGGAAGGAAUGAAAUAAUCGAGUAGUAUGGUCUCACUAUAUGGAGUGUGUGUACGGAGAUCAAUUUGGUGAAAGUUGUUUCCAUCAACGAAAAGUUUUACCGAGCCAGUCUUUCAUGAUCAUCGGAACGGUACAGCAGCUUUAAAACGAUCCGUGCAUUAUAUGUUUUAUAGUUCGGUCGGAUUCGUCGAUUUCUUAUACACAAUUCUCUCCAUCCACGUGUGCAUGGCAGUGAUGAAUCAGCACAAUUAAUUUAUUUGCAUUCGAUGUGACGAUAAAAUUAAAUAAGACAAAACGGCAAGACCCAUGUACCUGAUAUUUGCAUAAACGCAAUGGAUAAAUGCCACUGUGUGUUUGUUGAUCAUAUAAAAUUACAUUUGUCAAUCUGUGAAACACUUCUCCGGUCCACUGUUUGCAUUGGAUGUAACAGAACGGUUUAACAGACAGUUUUUUUUUAAUUGAAUUGAUUUCGUAUUACAAUGAGUGGUGCUGUGAUAAAAUAAUUGGACGAUUUAAUGGUCAAACAAAUUUUUAAAGCGAAAAACUAGCGAUUGAGAUACCUAGUCCGACAAUUUUUUUUUUAGUUUAAUUUUUUAAUUUUAAUACAAAUGGUCGUAGGAUUAAUAUCUGCAGCGGCCGCUGCUAGCGGUGUCGCGAAAAUCGUUCCAGCUGCAAUUACUGGUGCAGCUAAAAUUGUGCCGAUUGUAGCAGGAGCUGCAAAAAUUGUACCUGUGGCAAUUGGUGGAGCCCUAAAAGUCGUACCAGUAGUCGGUACAGUAGCCAGUGUAGCUGGCACAAUAGCAGCCGCUAUCAAAACAGCAACAGCAAUAAUAGGAAUCGGAAAAAUUGCCAUUUUACCCGUAUUAAUAGCAUCGUUAGCGUACUACAAUUAUGAUUUAUUCGAUCCGGAAAAUCGACCGUUUAACGUUCAACACGUGGACCAUGAAUACGAUUUUAUUAUUAUCGGUGGCGGAUCGGCGGGUUCCGUUCUUGCAAAUAGAUUAACAGAAAUCAGCAAUUGGAAAGUGUUACUGCUGGAGGCGGGUGGACACGAGACGGAAAUAUCGGAUGUACCGAUAUUGUCACUGUAUUUGCAUAAAAGUAAAUUGGAUUGGAAAUACAGAUCUCAGCCACAACCAUCUGCAUGUCAAGCGAUGGUAGAUAAUCGCUGUUGCUGGACGCGGGGUAAAGUAUUGGGCGGUUCGUCGGUAUUAAAUACAAUGCUUUACAUUCGCGGUAAUAAAAGAGAUUUCAAUCAAUGGGAAUCGUUCGGAAAUCCGGGUUGGGGUUACCGAGACGUGCUGCCGUAUUUCCGCAAAUCGCAGGACCAACGAAAUCCGUAUUUAGCAAGAAAUGUAAAACAUCAUGGAAGUGGAGGGUAUUUAACGGUAGAAGAUGCACCGUAUCAUACUCCGUUGGGAGCCGCAUUUCUACAAGCAGGCGAAGAAAUGGGAUACGACAUAGUCGACGUAAAUGGUGAACAACAAACUGGAUUUGCAUUCUACCAAUUUACAAUGAGGCGUGGAUCACGAUGCAGUACGGCGAAGGCUUUUUUGCGUCCGAUAAGGUUGAGAAAGAAUUUGCAUGUAUCCCUACAAUCGCAUGUGACUCGAAUUAUUGUCGAUCCGAAAACGAAACGUGCUACUGGCGUUGAAUUCUUCAAAGAGGGUGGGCCACUACAACUCGUUUACGCAAAACGGGAAGUAAUCUUAUCGGCUGGUGCGAUUGGAUCGCCCCAUAUUCUGUUAAAUUCUGGCAUCGGACCGAGAAAACAUCUUGAAAGCGUCGGAGUUCAGGUGGUGCACGACCUUCCAGGAGUCGGACAAAAUCUUCAAGAUCAUGUUGCUAUUGGAGGACUCGCAUUUACUAUAAAUAAACCAGCUGGAAUUGUGGCCAAUAGGAUGAUCAAUCUUAACUCGGCUAUAAGAUACGCCAUCGCCGAAGAAGGACCACUGACCAGUAGCGUUGGCUUGGAAGUGGUUGCCUUUAUCAACACAAAGUAUGCAAAUAGGAGUGAUGACUGGCCAGAUAUGAACUUUCUGAUGACGAGCGCUUCGAUAUUCUCGGAUCAGCAAGUGAAGUUAGCGCACGGCUUGAAACCUGAAUUCUACAGGGACAUGUAUAGUGAACUGCUAGACAAAGACGCAUUCAGCAUACUACCGAUGAUCUUACGACCGAAAUCACGAGGUUUCAUCAAACUCAGAUCCAGGAAUCCUCUAGAUUAUCCAUUACUGUAUCACAACUACUUAACACAUCCGGAAGAUAUUGCAGUGAUGCGCGAAGGUGUAAAAUUAGCUAUUGCCACUGCUGAAACUCAAGCGCUAAAGGAGUUCGGAGCACAGUUCCACAACAAACCACUGCCGAAUUGUCGACAUUUGCCUCGUUACACCGACGAAUAUUGGGAGUGCGUAAUCAAACAGUAUACGAUGACCAUUUAUCAUAUGUCCGGUACAUGCAAAAUGGCCCCGAACACUGACCCAAUGGCCGUGGUGAAUCAUAGAUUGCAGGUACAUGGAAUUAAGGGAUUACGAGUAAUCGACGCCAGUAUAAUGCCAACAGUAACGAGCGGUAACACAAAUGCACCGACUAUUAUGAUUGGAGAAAAGGGAGCAGAUCUUGUGAAAGCUUUGUGGCUCCGGGAAGAGAUGUUCCAGACUGGGCGUUACAAACGAAAAAUUAACGAAACCAAAGAAGCUGAAAAAUAGAAUUUAAGUGCAGCCAAAUGAUCCAUAGAAGCUAGGACGAAUGUCUCUCUAGAAAAUAUAAACAAAAAGACUUAUCUUGUACAUAAUUGCUCUUUCGUAUAGUAAUGAUGUUAUGGGGGUUAAAUAAAAUGAAGUUAAAACUGUCCGUGUAAGUGGAGGGAGCAACAUUAUGAAAAUCAUCUCGUUUGCAUUACUUUCGAUGAUGUGAAAACGUCUCAGGUAAAUGCUUCAGAGGGUGAAGUACAUUUCGAGGUAGAUUUUGUUUCAAUGAUACAAUUAACAAAAGAAGUAGCAGAUGUCAAUGAUUGUAUCGAGAUAUAAAUUUCGUUUGUAAAACGUUUUAAAAUUGAAAAAUGUAAUUUGCACACUUUAUUGGUAAGUAAGGCUUGUGCCAAGGUGGGAAAUAAAGGCUAGUUAGAGCAUUAUCUAUGUUAAA